AUGUUGGAUCACACUGCAGAAUUGGUAGCUCAGGCAGCAUCCAACUCUCUCGUCGUCUUCUGUUUCUGCAAUUUACUCAUAGUCAUCAUCCUCAUGGCCCCAAAACCCAGCUCGAAUUUCGAAGAUAGCAGCGAGUUUCAUCUUCCAAUUCUCACCCACAACAGUGUGAUUAAUAAGCAGAGGAUAGACAUUGAGCAGCCACCCAAAAUUGAGGAGACAUCGCCAGAGGUUAUGGAGUUAUGCGUCAGUGAGAACUUGGAAAAGGUAGGCAGGAGCUACAACAAUGAGCGUGAAGAUGAUGGGGAAAGUAAUAAUGACAACGAUGAUGCAUUGAGAAGAAGAAUUGAGGCUUUUAUUGACAAGGUAAAUGGGGAAUGGAAAGCGGAGAAAUUGAGAACAGACUAUCUAUGUGAGCAAGUGGAUUUGUGA